AAUGACAUAUCACUGCUGCAAGCACUCGUUAUAUAAACCUUCCCCAAGAAAGCGCUGAGAAACAGGCUUUGGAGCAAGACCUACACUUACCUGCUAGACGGGACAAUUCAGAAUAUUGCUAGCAGAUUGUUAAAUGCUUAACGGCCUUUUAUCUCUUAUGGAACAUCAAUCAUAUUUAACACUCACCAGAGAGCACAAUACAGAAGGUACAGUUUAGUUGCAUUUUGUACUACUCUUGAUACUCGUGUUUGCCUGAAUUGGGACUAUGGCAUCUGUUCCAUCAGCUGGCUGCCUCUUAGCGAAGAAUCAGUUUUACAGAGUACGGCUGAAUUCCGAAUCUAGUGUGUGUUCUAUCAACUCCGACUCAGGACUCCCAGUAGAACCAGAAAAACAUUAUGCAGGCUUGCCAGAAAUGGUUGAAAAAUGCUGGUGGCUGAAAAACUUUUUCCACUGUGAGCAAGCUCCUGUGUCUUCACUAAGAAUAAAGAUAUCUAAUGAGAGCUGAUUACCCUUCUCUGUACACGUGGACUGACAAUUCCAUGGAAAGGAAGUAAUUUCAAUACAAUUUCAGCAUUUAAUGCUUCCCUCAAUGAAAUACAUCAAGGAACUGUUACCACCUACCCUAUCCGUCCAAAGAAAUUCAUCUCUGCAUCCUGACAAGAUAAUUAAUUAUAUUUUCUCACACCUAAAUAUGCCAACCCGAUCCUUUUAUUUAAAUCACUCUGUGUAAUCACGCUAAAUAUUUUAUUAUUUUUCUGCCUAAUCAGACCGAACAACAUAUCAAAUAUGCAUAUCAAAGCAAUUCAGAUUUUUCAUAAUCAACCAUUUUCCCACCGCUGUAAUCAGCACUAAAUAAUAACAAUGCUUUUAUGUAAGCUUGAAAACAA